UACUUUCAAAUUUUGGCACAGGGUCAGCAAUUUUCAAGGAGGAGGAGAAAGUGCAUUAUUGCAUUGACCUCAGUACUUGACGGAUACUUACUUUAUCCACCUCGAAAGGCUGAACGAUAACAUCGACCGUGACAGGAUUUGAACUCGGAACGUAAAAAACUGAGGAAAUAACGCCAAGCGUCUUAUCCGGAGUGUUAACGAGCCCUGCCAGCUCACCACCUUAUGGAUAACUAAGUGGUGGCGGGGGAUGAAAUAGGGAACGUUUGUGAAUGAGAAACAAGGGGGGAAGUGAGAGAAGGAGAUGUGUGAUUUGAGAGGAACGUAAGAGAGCUAGUGAGACAGAGAGAGACCGAGAGAGAGAGGUUUCUACGAAGUGGUAUAUGUGAUGCCAGGCGAAGCUGACAAGUGAAAAAUUCAUUUCUAUUCACUAUGUAUAUAUAAUAUAUGUGUGUGUGUUUAUAUAUAUAUAUAUAUAUAUAUAUAUACGUAUUGCGAUGCCCCCUGUACAACAUCAGCAGCCCAAUUCCACCAACUUAUUGAAGCCAACAGAUUCAGGGAUGAGGCUGCAAGAUUCAUUUAAUUUGAUAACAAUAGAAUCUAAAGAUGCGAGAAGCAGUGGAAUUUACAAUAAAGCCUGUCAAGAAGGUGAACAUUCUCAACCAUAUGCAAAGGAAAUGAAUUCAAACGAUAACAUCGGCAAGGCAUCUGAACGAGUUCAAGAGGAAAGACCACCACGUGAUAAAUGGAACAUUGUUCAAAUUAUCCUGAUAAUCCAAGGAUUGGCUACUUUAAUGCCAUGGAAUAUGUUCAUAAAUGCGAAAUCAUAUUUUGAAAACUACAAACUUUCCACCAACGGUACCGACCAAGAAAUCAAUGAAUACAAGACUAAUUUCAUGAGUUACAUCACAAUAUGUUCCAUGGUUCCGAGUGUCAUAUUUUCUGUAUUGAAUACGUUUAUUACUCGAAACAGUGGAGCGUCUCCAAUUCGGAUUGUUGCAGCCAAAAUUAUUAUGAUCAUACUACUAGCCAUGACGAUAGUGUUGGCGUGUUUGGACACCAGUUCAUGGAUAAAAGUAUUUUUCAUUCUUACACUUUGUACAGUGAUAAUGAUUAAUUCUGCAACUUCGAUUUUCCAGAAUAAUUUGUUUGGGAUUAGUUCUGUAUUGCCAGGAAAAUACAUUAAUGCUGUGUUAAUUGGAGCUAAUUCUUGUGGCAUAUUAACGUCCGUAUCGCAAAUUAUAAGUAUUGCAAUAUCUUCAGAUGCUAAAAUAUCAGCCAUCGUCUAUUUUUCAUCGGGCAUUCUUAUUCUCAUUAUUGCCCUCAUCACGAAUCGAAUUUUCCAACGAUUGAGUUCAGACAUGCAGGCUACUAGAAGCAUCCAACUCCUCUCCAGCCUGAACUUUCACAAACCUGAUUUGAAGGGUAUCGAGAAAGAAGUCAUGGAACAUAACUGGUCUGCCAGUCUCUCUACAGAAGACAUUGACAUAAAGCUACAACACUUUAUGACAAUCAUGCAUGACAUCUGUAGUAAGUUUGCUCCAGAGAGAAUGCCAAGCCAACAGAAAAAUAUAAUACCCAGGGAUAGGAGGAUUCUAAUGAGACAACAAGCAAAAAUUUCAAAUUGUCUAAAUGGGCCACUAAAGGAUAACAAACGAUCCUACCUCAAACGAACAUUGCUCGAGAUCGAAAAUGAACUCAAACGCUCCCAUGAAAAGGAGAGGGCAGAAAAGGAAGCCAGGGUUGUCAAAAAUAUUAAGACAAACCUUAAAGCCUUCUAUAGAUAUGCGAAAGAAGCUGCCAAACCCAUUGAAUUGGCCAAUUAA